AUGUCGAAAGUUUCCGGCGAGGCCCUCCGCGAGGGUAUCAAUGCCGUGCUCCAGGGCGCCAAGGACAAGCCCCGCAAGUUCACGGAGACCGUGGAGCUCCAGAUCGGGCUGAAGAACUACGAUCCCCAGAAGGACAAGCGUUUCAGCGGGUCCGUGAAGCUGCCCUACUGCCCCCGCCCCUCCCUGAAGGUGUGCGUGCUGGGUGACCACAAGCAUUGCGAGGAGGCCGCCGCCCUGGGCGUGGACGCCAUGACCGUGGACGACCUGAAGAAGCUGAACAAGAACAAGAAGCUGGUGAAGAAGCUGGCGAAGAAGUACGCCGCCUUCCUGGCCUCCGACUCGCUGAUCAAGCAGAUCCCGCGCCUGCUCGGUCCCGGCCUGAACAAGGCGGGCAAGUUCCCCACCCUCAUCACCCACAACGACAACCUGGAGACCAAGGUGACGGAGCUCAAGUCCUCCGUCAAGUACCAGCUGAAGAAGGUGCUGUGCCUGGGCGUUGCCGUGGGCAACAUCAACCAGACCGACCGCGAGCUGUACAUCAACAUCCAGAUGUCCAUCAAUUUCCUGGUGUCCCUGCUCAAGAAGAACUGGCAGAACGUCAAGACGCUGUACAUCAAGUCCACCAUGGGCAAGCCCGUGCGCCUGUACUGA